AUGUUAUUAGUUGAAGGCCUUUUGAUGAAAGAUCUAAAAACUAAAAAGAUACAAUCCCGACCCCGCUCUCUUCGGUACUCCGGAUCUGUUUGUCAGUUCUCGGUUCUGUUGGCCUGGAGAUGGAGACCCUCCCUAUUUCCAGAAGUCUCGAAGGGCUGUGGGAGGCAGAGAGCCGCUCUCAAAAUGAGAUUUCCCACGUCGACUUAUGUCAAUGCCGUACGAAUGCGGAUACGUAGUGAGAUAGCAUUUCAACCGCACCCAGUGUGGCUCCUCCUGAUACCAUAUCCCACCCUUCCGACGCCUAUUUUUUACAUCUGCUCCAUCCCGAUAUCUCCACCGUCUUCGCCCUCAUGCUAG